GUUGCUUAUGUCUUGGGUCAAUUGCAAAACAAAACUACUUCAAAUGCACUUUUUGGGAUACUCAGGGAUGUGAAUGAGCAUCCAAUGGUCAGAUAUGAAGCAGUUCAAGCUCUUUUGGUUAUGAGCAGCAUUGUUGGAACCACUCUACAAUCAUCUGGUGGUGUGCAUAAACAACCCAUUACUCAGUAGACAUUUUUGGUGAAGCUUAAGAAAGGUGCUCAACUUCUCAAAGAACAGCCAGUGAUUGUUGCUCAUGGUGAGAAUACGUUUGAAUUGGAAGUGCCAUUGGGAGACUAUUGUCUAAUAAGUUCGAAUUAGACAAGGUAACUAAUGUGGCCUAUGUUUCUUCUGUUGGUGAUAGUUACCUUUAGGCUAUCACUGUCAGGUAAUGAACUGCUUGUUAUGAGUUUUGCUUGUGGUUUCUUAUUCUCUUGGUUUGUUUCUUAGUUUUUGCUAAAACUGCUCUAAUAAAAACUCAUAGUUUAAGUAAGUUUGUUCAAUUUGAUUCUUAGUUACUGACUUACUGGAAUUGUCAUUACCCUUUAUCUGCUGAUACAGAUACUUGAAGCUACUUUAAAGAUGCACUAGAGAUCGCAAUGGAAAGUUUUUAAAGGAAUAACUGUGGGUGGCACAUGAUUUAGUCGUCCCAUCAGCUAGCUUACCUUCAUUCGGUGUAGUUGAUCAGGCCAUACUCACCUAUCCGGAUAUUGGUGGAUUUAUUUGAGUGAUGUUUCUUUUAUAAAACUUGACACCCCUUGCAUUGUUGCGGCCAUGGGAGGGGAGGUCUAAUCUUGAAUAUGAGCAUUUUAGGUCAAAAUUUUUUGCAUGCACUUCAAUAUUUUUUUUGUACCAUAUCCUAGAUCCUAAAAUACCUGUGUGUUUAUAUAGCCAACUCUACCCACAAAGAGUAAAUCUUGGUUCCAUUUGUAUGUGCAAAGGGACAUGCACAUGCAUAUGAUUGCGCACUUCUUAUUUCUGUUUCAUUCAGGCUGUUGGGGUAUGAAAUGGAUUGAUUUCUAUUGUAAAGUUUGGAGUUACUUCCAUG